GGGGGUGACAAAGCCAGAAAGAGACCGGCACUGAAAUGCCCAGCCAUUAGCUACAGCUAGGGUCCGAAUCUGAUGACACUCGCUGUCAGGAGUCGUUGUUAAUCACACAUGGAGUACGUUUUAAAAAGGAUCCCACAGAUUUUCUUUGCAGCUGUCAGGAAUCCAAGAUGCAUGAGCUCACUGCUUACCUGAUACUAGUAGUUUGUUCUGCUCUCUCGUUGAGGUCGCGGUUAACGCUCUGCGAUGGCGAUGUGUAUGUGUGUGUAAGGUUUGUUGGAUUUGGGGUUUCAGCGUGGAGAGGCCGAGGGGAACUGCGGGCUAGCGAUGGAUCAAGUGUUGGAGCCUGCGGGAGGACCAAAAGGAGCCGGAGACGGCGGCGACCGGCCGAAUCGAGCCGGCGACGGCGACGGCGACGGCGGAGGUGAGUCCGACCUCCGCCCGAGCCGGAGCUGGGCUCAGCCCACAACGCGUCUGCUUCCGUCCACCCCGCUCAUCUAGAGCCCGGCCCAACCAAGGCCCAAGGCAGCAACGCAAACGAGUGCUGGAUUCCCUCAGGCCCCGCUCGCUCCAGCGCGCUCCCCGCAGCUUCGUUCUUUCUGCUCACCCUCCACCCUAGCACGGCGCCGCACGGCCGCACCCUCACGCGCCGCUGGCACUCCGGCCCGGGCGCCAGCUCCAACCAGCGCUCGAACCUCGACCGGCGACCGACCAGCAGAGCUUCGCGCGGCCGUUCCCUUUCCCAGUCGUCGCCGCCACCGCCAAGCCAAGGGACGAGGCGGGUGCGGUGCGGCUGCCGCCGGAACCUCAAACCACUCGCUGCCUCUGAAGAACAGAACUUUGUUAGCAACCGGAGCAAAAACCAAUCGAUCAGCAAGCGCUGGAAGCGGCGGCGUGCGUGCGUGUGAUUCAGCGAUUCCCUCGCUCCCUGCUGUGAUGCGAUGACUGCUUUGAGGGAUUAGUCUGCACAAUAUUAUGCUUUUCAACUUGCCAAGAGUCACAACACCAAUUGCUGUACGGUGGUUCAUCUCAGUUGCAAAUGCAGCAGGCUUUGGUCGAGAUAUUUCUCCUGUUCAGUUCGCCACCCUGUUAAAGGAAUGCAGGUCGGUGAAUGCAGUCCAUCAAGUUCACCAGAAGCUCAUUUCUUCGGGUCUUCUUUCUUAUCCAGCAUCGUUGUUGGAAGUGUCGUUUCCACCUUUGCCAUCUCAGCCGUAUUUAUCACCAAGAUCUUUGGGUACUGGUGUCGUAGCUGCUUAUCUUGCGUGUGGUUCCAAAGAUGAGGCUCUCACAGCAUUGGAGCAUGUUGUGCCGUCUCCAGCUGUCUGGUGGAAUCUACUCAUCCGAGAACACAUCAAAGAGGGCCACCUUGACCAUGCCAUUGCAGUAUCUUGCCGGAUGCUGCGUGCUGGAACCAGACCGGACCAUUUUACUCUGCCGCAUAUACUAAAGGCCUGUGGAGAGCUACCCUCGUACCGUUGUGGUAUCACAUUACAUGGACUUAUAUGCUGCAAUGGCUUUGAGUCAAACGUCUUUGUAUGCAAUGCAUUGGUGGCGAUGUAUGCCCGCUGUGGUUCACUGAAGGAAGCCAGCCAGGUGUUCGAGGAAAUAGCUCAGAGGGGAAUUGAUGAUGUCAUAUCAUGGAAUUCAAUUGUUGCAGCCCAUGUUAAACACAAUAGUCCAUGGACCGCGUUGGAUAUGUUCUCGAAAAUGGCAAUGAUUGUCCACGAGAAGGCUACAAAUGAUAGGUCUGACAUCAUUAGCAUUGUGAACAUUCUUCCUGCAUGUGCUUCUCUAAAGGCACUACCUCGAACUAGAGAAAUUCAUGGAAAUACCAUUCGGAAUGGUACAUUUCCAGAUGUUUUUGUAGGCAAUGCUCUGGUUGAUACUUAUGCAAAAUGUGGUUCAAUGAAGAAUGCGGUAAAGGUUUUCAAUAUGAUGGAAAUCAAAGAUGUUGUUUCUUGGAAUGCAAUCGUGACUGGCUACUCCCAAAGUGGGAACUUUGAGGCAGCCUUUGAGAUUUUUAAGAAUAUGCGCAAGGAAAACAUCUCAGCAGAUGUAGUGACCUGGACUGCUGUAAUUGCCGGGUAUGCUCAGAGAGGAUGUGGCCAAGAGGCACUCAAUGUUUUCCGACAAAUGCUCUUUUCUGGUUCAGAGCCAAAUUCUAUCACAAUCAUCUCUGUGCUGUCUGCUUGUGCUUCCUUGGGAGCAUAUUCUCAGGGUAUGGAAACUCAUGCCUACUCUCUGAAGAAUCGUCUUCUAUCUUUGGAUAACCAUUUUGGUGGUACUGGCGAUGAGGAGGAUCUCAUGGUGCACAAUGCUUUAAUAGAUAUGUACUCAAAGUGCAGAAUCUUCAAAGCUGCACGUUCUAUAUUUGACUCUAUACCCCGAAAGGAACGUAAUGUGGUGACUUGGACUGUGAUGAUAGGUGGGUAUGCACAAUAUGGGGACUCUAAUGAUGCCCUCGAGCUUUUCUCACAGAUGCUCUCGAAACCACACGCAGUUGCCCCGAAUGCAUUUACGGUUUCCUGCAUUCUGAUGGCCUGUGCGCAUCUGUCAGCCCUGCGUGUGGGUAAGCAAAUCCAUGCUUAUGUGGUUCGUCAACAUCAAUAUGAAGCAUCUACAUACUUUGUGGCAAACUGUCUUAUUGACAUGUACUCAAAGUGUGGUGAUGUCGAUACAGCUAGGUAUGUAUUUGAUGGCAUGUCACAAAGGAAUGAUAUUUCAUGGACAUCAAUGAUGGCAGGAUAUGGGAUGCAUGGUCGUGGCAAUGAGGCCCUGGAAAUAUUUGACAAGAUGCAAAUGGCAGGCUUUGUUCCUGAUGAUAUAUCAUUCCUGGUUGUUCUAUAUGCUUGCAGCCAUUCUAGAAUGAUUGAUCGAGGCCUGGAUUACUUUGACAGCAUGAGCAGAGAUUACGGUGUGGCUGCCGGUGCAGAGCAUUAUGCUUGUGUCAUUGACUUGCUGGCCCGCUCCGGGCAGAUAGAUAGGGCAUGGAAUAUGGUCAAAGACAUGCCAAUGGAGCCUACUGCAGUAGUCUGGGUUGCAUUGCUUAGUGCGUGUAGAGUACAUUCAAAUGUAGAACUUGCUGAAUAUGCUCUUAACAAGCUAGUUGAGAUGAAUGCAGAGAAUGAUGGAUCUUACACGCUCAUCUCCAACAUAUAUGCUAAUGCAAGGCGUUGGAAGGAUGUAGCCAGAAUCAGAAACCUGAUGAAGAACUCCGGGAUUAAGAAGAGGCCCGGUUGUAGUUGGGUCCAGGGUAAGAAAGGAACUGCGUCUUUCUUUGUUGGAGAUCGAUCGCAUUCUCUAUCCCCUCAGAUUUAUGCCCUUCUGGAGAGACUGAUUGAUCGCAUCAAAUCUAUGGGUUAUGUCCCUGAGACAAAUUUUGCACUCCACGAUGUUGAUGAUGAGGAGAAAAAUAACCUGCUUGCUGAGCACAGCGAGAAGCUUGCUCUCGCAUAUGGCCUCCUCACAACUUCCCCUGGUUGUCCAAUAAGGAUCACAAAGAACCUGCGCGUUUGCGGUGAUUGCCACAGUGCUUUCACCUACAUCUCAAAGAUUGUUGACCAUGAGAUCAUUGUGCGGGACUCCAGUCGCUUUCAUCAUUUUAAGAAUGGUGUGUGCUCUUGUGGUGACUAUUGGUGAUGGCUUCUGAGGCUGAAGCAUGAACUGAAAGUGCAUUCCAAUUGGUUUUUGUACACAGAAUGUACUAAUGUACUUACCAUUCUUUGCUACUGAUUAGCCAAUGAAGAGCUGAAUAGUUUCUCCCCUCCAUUGCAAUUUUCUUUACAAAUAUUUCACAGUUCUCUUAA